AUGCCCCUCACUAUCCUUUCCCGAUCGAACCUGCGCGAGCUCUUGCACUCUCUGACCCGUGACGAGAUUCGCAACCUCCAAGCCAAUCUUUCCGAAGCGCUACGGGAAUACUCCACAGGUUCUCAGGAUAAAGGUUGCUCAGCUACCUAUCAGCCACAACGAACGGCGAUCACACGCCAGAAUGGUUGCACCACAUUGUUUAUGCCUGCCACCACGGGCCAGACUCUAGGCAUCAAGAUGAUUUCUCUCCAGGAUGGAGCCAAAGCAGGCUGUGCAAUUGAACGGAGUGGCUUUGACGCCGAAGAGAGUGACUCCGGCUCAAGCUCUCGGCGAAGAGCCUCCGCUCGGAACUCAGUAGCCUCAAUCUCCUCUGACAUGAGCGAUGUCUCAGUAGGCUCCUCCCAAGAAGAUGGUGGUUCUGUGAGUCCUACGGCCACCAAAGAUAGUGGGGGUUAUAGCACCGAUAGUUCGACUCUUCUCACCGGCUGCGUGAACCAACAACCAGUCAUCUCCAAGACUCUUGGCGCUUGGCCCGGAGCGGGGACCCGCGACACCUCACCUCGAGGCAGCGUAACACUCCUCGAUGGGGAAAGUCUCCCAUUUGCCCUUAUCAACGCCCAUGAACUCACAGCCUUCCGUACUGCGCUGGCCUCGUUGAUGAUCUUCAACAAGCGCAAGAAGGUGCGCACCCUGUUGGUCUUUGGAGCUGGCACUCAAGCCUAUUGGCAUAUCCGGCUCGCGUUGACACUUCGCGGCGACGAGAUUCAUCGCGUAUAUAUUGUGAACCGAUCAUUUGAUCGUGCUGCGAAACUUCUUCGGGACAUCUACUUGCCUGAGAACUCGGAUUGGCGCCGCGAUGUGAAAUUCUCGGCCGUGAGCAGCGAUUUUGGCGACUAUCUUCGCAUUUUGAAAGAGCAUGUGCGUAAAGCGGAUGUCAUCUUCUGUUGCACGCCUUCUCUCACUCCGCUUUUCCCGGCUGAGUUCCUCACUUCGCGUGAAGGUCGUCAGAAGGGUCGCCUAAUUAUCGCCGUCGGGUCGUACAAGGCACACAUGGCAGAGCUACACCCUGAUAUCCUCCGAGAUGAGGUCAACGUGACCCCGCCUCACCGGCACUUCCAUAAGCACACUCGCCGGAGUGGGGUUGUGGUUGUUGACAGUCUCGACGCGGCCAUCAAGGAGGCCGGUGAGGUCAUUCAAGCUGGCGUCAAGCCGAAGCAAUUAGUCGAAUUGGGCGAGCUGUUGAUGGUGCGCCACGCCACACUCAAUGAGGAUGGUCAAAGUGAAGAUAAGGGUCUGACGGAGUGGGUAGAGAAGGGUAAUGUUAUCUUCAAGAGCGUCGGCCUGGGCUUAAUGGAUCUCGUCACGGGUGGUGAUCUAGUACGGCUGGCGAGGGAGCGCAAUCUGGGUACUACAGUAGACGACUUUUAG